AAGUCAGUAUAAUUGCAUCCAUAUAUUUGUUUUUGCAUUGAGUACGACCAAUCAAAUUCCAUCUACCAGACUGCCACAAUAAAGAAUCCCAUCCGUCAUUCCAAUUUCUUUGCCAAUUUGGUAAGCAAUAAUAACGAACAAGAACAUCCCAAUAAUCCUUCAAAAAGAAAAAAGUUCAUCCCAAGAAUAUCUGAGUUAUGGAGCCAUCAAACUCAAGCUUAGAUACUACAGCUCUCUUGAGUGAAGCUUCCCAAGGACAAGACCAAAGUACAGAAACAAGGUGUUUGAGUUUGAGGAAUGUUUUAGAUGUAGAAGAAGCGAAGACACAAAUCUUAUUUUCACUGCCCAUGAUCCUUACCAAUGUCUUUUACUAUGCCAUUGCUUUGGUUUCUGUCAUGUUUGCUGGUCACCUUGGAGAGCUUGACCUUGCUGGUGCUACGCUUGCCAAUUCAUGGGCCAAUGUCACUGGCUACGCUUUCAUGUUGGGACUAAGUGGAGCACUGGAGACUCUUUGUGGUCAAGGAUUUGGUGCAAAAACUUAUAACAUGCUGGGAAUCUACUUACAAGCUUCUUGCAUCAUUUCUUUCCUUUUCUCAAUCAUUAUAUCCAUUUUAUGGUUCUUUACUGAGCCAAUACUAAUAUUUUUUCAUCAACAGCCUGAUAUUGCAAAAAAAGCUGAUGCUUACCUCAAGUAUCAAAUCCCAGCUGUGUUUGCAUUUGGUUUGAUACAAAAUGUUCUGAGAUUUCUUCAAACACAAAGCAUUGUCAUGCCCUUAGUCUUGUUCUCAGGGCUGCCAUUGGUACUUCACUUUGGCAUUGCUUAUACUUUGGUUUAUUGGUCAAGUCUUGGUCUCGAGGGAGCUUCAAUGGCAGUUUCUAUCUCUUUUUGGAUAUCUUUUCUCCUUUUGAUAACCUAUGUUGCUUUCUCAAACAAGUUUGAGCACACUUGGGAAGGGUUUUCGUUUGAAUCAUUUGGUUAUAUCAUUCCAGACUUGAAAUUAGCCUUACCCUCUGCAGCAAUGGUGUGUUUGGAGUACUGGGCUUUUGAAAUUCUUGUCUUGCUAGCAGGAUUGAUGCCAAAUUCAGAAAUAACUACUUCACUGGUAGCAAUGUGUGUAAACACUGAAGCCAUUGCUUUCAAUUUUACUUAUGGCCUUAGUGCUGCAGCAAGCACAAGAGUGUCAAAUGAAUUGGGAGCUGAAAAACCAGAGAAAGCUAAGAAAGCCAUGGCUGUGACACUCCAACUUGUGGUCCUCCUUGCUCUUAUAGUUGUCCUUGCUUUAGUGUUUGGUCAUGAUACUUGGGCUGGUUUCUUCAGUGACAGUCCUUCAAUCAUUGAAGACUUUGCUACAAUGACCCCAUUUCUUGCAAUCUCCAUAGCAGUUGAUUCAUUUCAAAGUGUCUUAUCAGGGGUGGCAAGAGGUCUUGGUUGGCAGCACAUGGUUGUAGUUGUUAACUUGGCAUCUUAUUAUGUUGUUGGCAUGCCGAUUGCAGCUAUUGCUGGUUUCAAGUUUAAGCUGUAUGCUAAGGGUCUAUGGAUAGGCUUAAUAUGUGGAUUGUUAAGCCAAUUUGCCAUUCUACUGGUGAUCACAUUUCAUAGGAGAUGGUCAAAGAUUGAUAUUUCAGCAGAAAGAGAUGAGGAAAACUCUGUAGAUUAAUGCAGAGAAGAACCAGGCAACAGUAUGGCUUGCUUCACUCUUCUACUCUUCAUUGUUCUUAAGCUAAUCAAAUCAGUUGCUCAAGAGAUGGACAUAAUUUUAUGCGUAAGUUAUGUAUCUGUAAUUUAAUUUAAUCAAAAUUUAAUUUUUGUC